AUGACUGGCCGUGGUAAGGGAGGAAAAGGUUUGGGAAAGGGAGGAGCGAAGCGUCACAGGAAAGUUCUUCGUGACAACAUCCAGGGAAUCACGAAGCCUGCUAUUCGCCGUUUGGCUCGCCGAGGCGGUGUUAAACGCAUCUCUGGCCUGAUUUACGAAGAGACCCGUGGUGUUCUCAAAGUCUUUCUGGAAAAUGUCAUCCGUGAUGCAGUUACCUACACCGAACAUGCCAAGAGGAAAACCGUCACUGCCAUGGACGUGGUCUAUGCGCUGAAACGUCAAGGACGCACUCUCUAUGGCUUUGGUGGUUAAUUUGUUUUUCCGGUUCUCAGCUACUCUUCGUACACAAAACAAGGGCCCUUUUCAGGGCCACAAACUUUUUCAAUGCGUAAAUGGAGCGAACCGUUUUACAAUAGUAUGCACUAAUUAAUUUUAAUUCCUCACCUCUUUCACAAGUUUAAGAUUUAGAUCAUCUUAUGGUUUCCGUUCGAAUAAUAAUACACCUAAUAUCCAUUCCGUAUAAUUAUUUUUGCAACAGUGUUUUUUAAUGACCUCCAUGUUUUAUAUGUUCGUCUGUUAAACACGAAGGUUUGGUCUAAAAUUGGGAUAGUCGUUAAAGUUCAUCUUCGUUUCUUACACUACUCUUUAAAAUCAUGUGUGUGAUAUUAAUAUAAAUAAAAUACUGAACUAGCUUCCAAAUUCUGGUAGCUUCUAUGAGAGAGUUCGAUUUAUGAGCUUCAAAAUAUUUGGUUUUAGGAUUUUCCGAUUAUCUUGUAUUUCAAUGAAUUAAAUGUCCACUAAACAGUAAGAAGUUGAAAAUGAGAAACUAUUGUGUGGUGGAGGUGGUUGUCAAUC